GAACAACGGUGUAAACUGAGGAGAAAAACAUCUACAUAUCUUCUUAUUUUUCGUCUUCUAGCGAAUCCAAACCGAGAUAAACCCGCAGUUCGUGGGUUUAGGACGUGUUUAAACCCGCAGUUCGUGGGUUUAGGACGUGUUUAAACCCGCAGUUCGUGGGUUUAGGACGUGUUUAAACCCGCAGUUCGUGGGUUUAGGACGUGUUUAAACCCGCAGUUCGUGGGUUUAGGACGUGUUUAAACCCGCAGUUCGUGGGUUUAGGACGUGUUUUCUCGCGGCUGACGGGACCGUUGACGCGGCAUGGACGACAGCAAGAUGCCGGAGGGGAAGGUGAAGAAUCCCGGGAAACGCAGCAGGAAACCGGCCAAGAUCGACCUGCGGGAGGAGCUGGACAUGAGUCAUAAAGGAAGACCCAAAAGACACUGCUGUGAUGAUUGCGAGCAAGUCUUCACCACUUCAUCAAAGCUGAAGAAGCAUAAGAAAACUCACACUGGGGAUAAACCGUACAGCUGUGAUCAGUGUGGAGCGUAUUUUGCCCGACAAGGUAACUUAAAGCAACACCAUCGUAUUCACACUGGAGAUAAGCCUUACAGAUGUGAUCAGUGUGGAGCGGCUUUUGUCCGACAAGGUCAUUUGACGACUCACCAGCGUAUUCACACUGGAGAGAAGCCUUACAGCUGUGAUCAGUGUGGAGCGGCUUUUGCCCAUCAAGGUGCUUUAAGGCGUCACCAACGUAUUCACACUGGAGAAAAGCCUUACAGAUGUGAUCAGUGUGGAGCGGCUUUUGCCCAUCAAGGUGCUUUAAAGAGUCACCAACGUAUUCACACUGGAGAAAAGCCUUACAGAUGUGAUCAGUGUGGAGCGGCUUUUGCCCGGCAAACUCACCUAACGAAUCACCAACGUACUCACACUGGAGAAAAGCCUUACAGAUGUGAUCAGUGUGGAGUGGCUUUUGUCCAGCACGGUGCUUUAAGGAGUCACCAACGUAUUCACACCGGAGAAAAGCCUUACAGAUGUGAUCAGUGUGGAGCGGCUUUUGCCGAGCAAAGUGCUUUAAGGAGUCACCGACGUAUUCACACUGGAUAAAAAGUGUACAUUUAUGAUCAGGUCAUUGUCAGGGUUUGAAAUUUCCCGUUUUAAUUUAAAGCCUAUGUCUUUGUGUUUCUUUGUGUUUGAGUUCUUGUUUGACCUUCCUGGUUCCCAUCUGCCCUGAUCGUUUGCACCUGUGUAUCUUUAUCCUUUGUGUAUAUCUGGUCUUGUCUUUCCCCUGCUCCCUGCUGGUCUGUCCUUUUUCAUCCCUCCAUCUGUUCCCCGUCAAGUUUUGCCAUAGUUUUCAGAUUCUUGUUUUAAGUUCUGGUUUUUUGAAUCC